GUUGGAUAGUUGAACCACGCAAUAUAACUUUUACAAACCUGAAAAAAUAAAACAUAACCUAACAUAACUUUUGGCAAUUGGGUAACUAUUCGAAUUUUCGUGGGUUUAAACCGUGCUAAAGCAAAACUUAUUAUUUAGGAAGAACAAUUAUGGUUUAAGUGAAAAGGUAAUAAAAGUAAUAAAUAAAGCCUAAUAAAGGUACCUGAGUGGAGAUAAUGGAGGGAUUAUUAGCUGUAUGGAUAUUGGUGUCAGUCUUCUCAUUACACUCGAUAUCGGCCGGCUCACUAUCUGACGAGCUAACCCAUAUACUGUCCCAAUAUCGGACUAAAACUAAAGUAUAUAAAAACCCCAGAAGCUCUUCCCAAGUUACAGUCCAGCUUGAUAACAUGUUAAAACUAAAACAUAAUCUAAACAACACAAGAAGACAAACUAUUUGUGUUUCAAGAAAACCAUCGAGAUUUGUAGAUAAUAAACAUGUAGUAUUUGAUGUUCUCAAACCGAUGCUUAAAAAGAAAAUUAAAAUAGAACAGAAACAAAAGAAACAAGAAGCAGGAAGUCCAUAUUUAACUAUAUCUGCUUCAGAUUUAGUUCAUAAGAUCAUGUCAAGUGUAAUACCAUUAAACAAGACUGACAAUGUUAAACCUAAAACUGAUGAAUUUAAUAAAAGGUUGGUUACCGAACCUCAAAAGACAAUGAAGGGUAUAAAAUCUACGACAGCGCAUAAUACAACGCAACCCAAGGCAAGAGUAGUCGGAUCUGCCAAACUAAAGGAUAUUAUCAACAAGAGAAACGAAGAGGAUAAAAACAAUAGAGUUUUAGUAUUAGAAUCAGUGAAUACAAAAUCUACGACAGCGCAUAAUACAACGCAACCUAAGGCAAGAGUAGUCGGAUCUGCCAAACUAAAGGAUAUUAUCAACAAGAGAAACGAAGAGGAUAAAAACAAUAGAGUUUUAGUAUUAGAAUCAGUGAAUACAAAAUCUACGACAGCGCAUAAUACAACGCAACCCAAGGCAAGAGUAGUCGGAUCUGCCAAACUAAAGGAUAUUAUCAACAAGAGAAACGAAGAGGAUAAAAACAAUAGAGUUUUAGUAUUAGAAUCAGUGAAUACAAAAUCUACGACAUCGCAUAAUAUAACGCAACGCAAAUCAAGAUUCGUCAGACCUGCCAAACUAAAGGAUAUCAUCAUCAAAAAGAGAAUAAACGAAAAGGAUAAAAACAACAGAGCUUUAGUAUUAGAAUCAGUGAAUAUAAAAUCUACGACAGCGCAAAAUCCAUCGCAAAUACGUAAGUCAAGAUUAGUCAGAUCUGCCAUAAAGGAUAUCAUAAUCAACAAGAGAAUAGACGAAAAGGAUAAAAACAACAGAGAAUUAGUAUUAGAAUCAGUGAAUAUAGAAUCUACGACAGUGCAAAAUAUAAAGCAACCCAAAUCAAGAUUAGUCAGAACUGCCAUAAAUGAUAUUAUAAUCAACAAGAGAAUAGAUGAAAAGGAUAAAAACAACAGAGAUUUAGUAUUAGAAUCAGUGAAUAUAAAAUCUACGAUAGCGCAUAAUAUAACGCAACGCAAAUCAAGAUUAGUCAGACCUGCCAAACUAAAGGAUAUCAUCAUCAAAAAGAGAAUAAACGAAAAGGAUAAAAAUAACAGAGAUUUAGUAUUAGAAUCAGUGAAUAUAAAAUCUACGAUAGCGCAUAAUAUAACGCAACCCAAAUCAAGAUUAGUCAGAUCUGCCAUAAAGGAUAUUAUAAUCAACAAGAGAAUAGACGAAAAGGAUAAAAACAACAGGGAUUUAGUAUUAGAAUCAGUGAAUAUAAAAUCUACGAUAGCGCAUAAUAUAACGCAACCCAAAUCAAGAUUAGUCAGAUCUGCUAAACUAAAGGAUAUCAUCAUCAAAAAGAGAAUAAACGAAAAGGAUAAAAACAACAGAGCUUUAGUAUUAGAAUCAGUGAAUAUAAAAUCUACGACAGCGCAAAAUCCAUCGCAAAUACGUAAGUUCAGAUCUGCCAUAAAGGAUAUCAUAAUCAACAAGAGAAUAGACGAAAAGGAUAAAAACAACAGAGAAUUAGUAUUAGAAUCAGUGAAUAUAGAAUCUACGACAGUGCAAAAUAUAAAGCAACCCAAAUCAAGAUUAGUCAGAACUGCCAUAAAUGAUAUUAUAAUCAACAAGAGAAUAGAUGAAAAGGAUAAAAACAACAGAGAUUUAGUAUUAGAAUCAGUGAAUAUAAAAUCUACGAUAGCGCAUAAUAUAACGCAACGCAAAUCAAGAUUAGUCAGACCUGCCAAACUAAAGGAUAUCAUCAUCAAAAAGAGAAUAAACGAAAAGGAUAAAAAUAACAGAGAUUUAGUAUUAGAAUCAGUGAAUAUAAAAUCUACGAUAGCGCAUAAUAUAACGCAACCCAAAUCAAGAUUAGUCAGAUCUGCCAUAAAGGAUAUUAUAAUCAACAAGAGAAUAGACGAAAAGGAUAAAAACAACAGGGAUUUAGUAUUAGAAUCAGUGAAUAUAAAAUCUACGAUAGCGCAUAAUAUAACGCAACCCAAAUCAAGAUUAGUCAGAUCUGCUAAACUAAAGGAUAUUAUAAUCAACAAGAGAAUAAGUGAAAAAGAUAAAAACAGCAGAGAUUUGGUCUUAGAAUCUGUCAGUAAGUUAAUAAAAAACGAGAAAUUUAGAAAGCGUUUCGACUUAGUGAACCCUGCAAAUACACAAUUUAGCAAAAGACAGCAGUUAUUAUGGGAGAGAAUAAGGAUAAAGGCGGCCGAAGAGUUGCUUUUACACCCGAAACCUCUUCCUCAGAGGGCUACAGAGAGGAUAUAUGAUACUUUGAAGAUGGAUUUGGAGUUGGCGCCGACGGAACCGCCGGAGGACACGGGGCUGUUCAAAGAGUUUAAGAGUAGAAUUGAGAAGCAGUAUUAUUUGGAUUUGCUUGAGCGCUGA